AUGCUAACCAAGAAUCUCUCUGAGGACCUCAUCUUGGACAUACUUUCAAGGCUUCCGGUGAAGUCCCUUUUAAGGUUUAGGUGUGUAUGCAAAGCAUGGUGUGCUCUAAUAACCGAUCCUGAUUUUGUCAAAAUGCAACUCAGCCGAUCCCUUGCAACCAAUACCAACCUCAUCCUGAUUUUAGAGGAAUACCGAAAAAUCUUCUCUGUGGAUUUUGAUGUUUGCGAACAAGAAGCGGCGGUAAAGCUUGAUCAUCCGUUCAAGUCUCCAAUAGGAUACCUUGUAUUGGCUUCUUGUAACGGCUUAGUAUGUAUGUUCGACGACGACGGCAUAGUCUCUGAAUUCCGAAAAGAAGAAGUGUACGGCACAUUCCUUUGGAAUCUAUCCACAAAAACGCAUAAGAAGCUGCCCUUUACGCCUAUAGAGUUUCCCAUCAAUUCUCGCUAUGCGCAUUUCACUGCUUAUGGGUUUGGUUACGAUCCUACAACCGAUGAUUACAAGGUGAUAAGGGUUAUACAGUUCUAUGGUGCCCGUGGUUUCAUUAAUGACAGUAACUACUCUGUCUCGGAGGUGAAGGUCUACUCUCUCAGCACCAACUCAUGGAGAAGAAUCGAGGACAUUCCCUUCCUUAGCAUCCAACACAGACUUGGGGUUUUUACAAAUUCUGCUUUUCAUUGGGCUACAAUUCGCAAGACGGGAGUCAUGGGACCCAACAUUGCCCCCAGUGCGAUUGUUUCUAUUGACGUUAAAGAUGAUGAAUAUCGAGAGGUGCCACUGCCUGAUUUUGUGGACGAUAAGUUUCACAUGGCCAUCGGAGUUCUAGGAGGACAACUCUGCAUGCUCUCUAACUUCUCCACGGUCCGUGUUGAGUUGUGGGUGAUGAAGGAUUACGGUCUGAAAGACUCUUGGGAGAAACAGUUCUCCAUCGAACAACCAUCGGUGUUAGGGUAUUUUGAUAAGUAUAUUAAGCCUAUAUGCUAUUCAAAGAAGGGUGAAGUUCUACUCGAGACGAAACCAUUAGUGGAGAAGAGUUCAGGAGUGCUGGUGCUUUAUGAUCCCCAUAAAGGAAGGGCUAGUAAUCUUAGGCUUCGUCACAGCUGGAUAACAGUCAUUGGGAGUCUCAUUUCACUUGAUGCCAAAGAUGGAGCUGAAUAA